GAAGUUUUUUCAGGGAUAAUUCAGCAAUUUUAGUGUUUUACCAUUAAAUUAUUAUUGAGCAUUACGAAGGGACAGACUUCAUUUCCUCCAAUUUCUUUGUAUCUUCCUGAUUUCUCCCUCUCCCUUUACGGAAGUAUAUCCUUCUAAAAUCUCCGAUUCAGCUUCCAUUUUUGCUUCUAGGCCAUGUAUAGCUUUCACUGGUCGUACAGUAUAAAUGCUUUUGCAUACAUUCGUUUUCAAAUGAAUCACAACGAAAAUUUUCCAGAUUUUCAAAUUUUCUGUGGAAACUCUGUCGUGGGAUUCUUCACCCAUUCAGUCGUUGCAAAUGGCGGCGAUGCUGGGGCGAGACGAAGAUAUGGUCCAUACGAUGAGCGGAGGCAGGAGCUGGGGCUCCACCAGUCACCGGAGCAUGGCGCAGGCCGACGAGGUUUUCGGGAACAACUUGAGGCGAGAGGACGACGAGGAGGAGCUCCGGUGGGCGGCGAUCGAGCGGUUACCGACGUACGAUCGGCUCCGGAAGGGAAUGAUGCCGCGCGUGACGGACACCGGAGGGAUGAGGCUGGAGGAGAUCGACGUCACCAGACUCGGGCCCCAGGAGAAGAAGCAGUUGAUGGAGAUGAUUUUGAAAUUCGUAGAGGACGACAACGAGAAGUUCCUCCAGAGAUUGAGAGACAGAGUCGACAGGGUUUCGAUCGAAGUGCCAAAAAUCGAAGUUCGGUAUGAGAAUUUGGCAGUGAUGGGAGAUGUGUACGUUGGAAGCAGAGCGCUUCCGACUCUCUUCAACGUCACCUUGAACACUUUAGAGAGCGUUCUUGGCUUUCUACGCCUUGUCCCAUCCAGAAAGAGGAAGAUUCAGAUUCUUAAAGACAUCAGCGGCAUAGUCAAACCAUCAAGGAUGACCCUUUUGCUUGGUCCACCAGCUUCAGGGAAAACAACACUGUUGCUAGCUUUGGCAGGGAAGCUUGACGAUAGCCUAAAGAUGUCGGGGAGGAUAACAUACUGCGGUCAAGAGUUUAACGAGUUUGUUCCUCGAAGGACAUGUGCUUACAUUAGUCAACACGAUCUUCACUUUGGCGAAAUGACAGCGACAGAGACACUGGAUUUCUCAGGCCGCUGUUUAGGUGUUGGGUCUAGAUAUGAUCUCCUGGCUGAACUCUCAAGACGGGAGCAAGAAGCAGGAAUCAAGCCAGACCCUGAAAUUGAUGCAUUCAUGAAAUCAAGUGCAAUAGCAGGGCAAGAGACUAGUUUGGUUACCGACUAUAUUCUCACGAUACUUGGGUUGGACAUCUGUGCUGACAUACUAGUUGGAGAUGAGUUGAGACGAGGUAUUUCCGGUGGACAACGGAAGCGUCUAACAACAGGAGAGAUGCUGGUAGGGCCUGCUACCGCUCUUUUCAUGGAUGAAAUAUCAACCGGAUUGGACAGUUCCACAACUUUCCAAAUUUGCAAGUUCAUGAGGCAUCUGGUUCGUUUCCUGGAUGUCACUACAGUUAUUUCGCUUCUACAACCUGCACCCGAGACAUUUGAACUGUUCGAUGACAUUAUCCUGCUUUCAGAGGGCCAAAUUGUCUACCAAGGUCCGAGGGAAAAUGUUCUUGAGUUCUUUGAAUUUAUGGGUUUCAAAUGCCCUGAAAGGAAGGGAGUUGCAGACUUUCUGCUAGAAGUUACCUCUAAGAAGGACCAAGAGCAGUAUUGGUACAGGGAAGAUCAACCUUAUAGCUAUAUUGCGGUACCUGAUUUUGCGAGGGGGUUUAAUUCUUUCCACAUCGGGCAACACAGUGCAUCAGAACUUAGGGUUCCUUAUGACAAAUCCAAAAUCCACCCUGCAGCAUUGGUGACAGAAAAAUAUGGGAUUUCAAACAUGGAUCUUUUCAAGGCAUGCUUUGCUAGGGAAUGGCUGCUUAUGAAACGGAACUCAUUCGUUUAUGUGUUCAAGACCGUCCAAAUAACCAUCAUGUCCUUGAUAACUAUGACAGUGUUUUUCAGGACAGAAAUGCCCGUUGGCACAGUGAAAGACGGUUCAAAAUUCUAUGGAGCAUUGUUUUUCAGCUUGAUUAAUGUGAUGUUUAAUGGAAUGGCAGAGCUAGCUUUGACAGUGAUGAGGCUUCCAGUUUUCUACAAGCAGAGAGACUGCUUGUUCUAUCCUCCUUGGGCUUUUGCUUUACCAGUGUGGGUUCUCAGGAUUCCGAUAUCACUUCUCGAAUCAGGUAUAUGGAUCAUUCUUACGUACUACACUGUCGGUUUCGCUCCUUCUGCUGGCAGGUUCUUCCGCCAGUUGCUGGCAUACUUCUCUGUGAAUCAGAUGGCCCUCUCCUUAUUCAGAUUCCUUGGAGCCGUUGGAAGAACUCAAGUCAUUGCAAACACGUUAUUUACCUUCACAUUGCUUAUUGUUUUUGUCCUUGGAGGCUUCAUCGUUGCAAAAGAUGAUAUCCAAUCAUGGAUGAUAUGGGGCUACUACGCAUCACCUAUGAUGUAUGGACAGACUGCUAUUGUUAUGAAUGAAUUUCUGGAUGAGAGAUGGAGUAUGCCCAACAUGGACACCCGCAUAAAUGCAAGAACGGUCGGCGAAGUCCUCUUGAAGAGCAGGGGUUUCUUUACACAAGGAUAUUGGUUUUGGAUCUGUAUUGUAGCGCUGCUUGGAUAUUCAGUACUGUUCAAUGUUCUUUACAUUUUAGCUUUGACUUACUUGAAUCCUCUUCAUGACUCCAAGGCAACGGUUGUGGAGGAAGACGACCACAAGAAACGGCAUAACAGUGGAAUAGAAGGUAAUCUCGUAGAACUCAAAAGUUCUUCUAAUCAGGGACCAAAGAGAGGAAUGAUUUUACCCUUCCAAUCACUUUCUCUCGCAUUCAACCAUGUGAAUUACUACGUGGAUAUGCCUGCGGAAAUGAAGACUCAAGGAGUUCAAGGGGAUCGUCUUCAACUACUAAGAGACGUUAGUGGGGCUUUCAGGCCAAGCGUAUUGACAGCAUUAGUUGGCGUUAGUGGGGCGGGCAAGACAACCUUGAUGGAUGUCUUGGCAGGUAGAAAAACAGGAGGCUAUAUAGAAGGGAGUAUUAACAUAUCCGGGUACCCGAAAAACCAAGCUACAUUUUCCCGCAUUAGCGGCUACUGUGAACAAAACGACAUUCAUUCUCCAAAUGUCACUGUUUAUGAAUCCCUUGUUUAUUCAGCCUGGCUCCGUCUUUCCUCAGACAUAGAUGCAAAAACACAAGAGAUGUUUGUUGAAGAAGUGAUGGAGCUGGUUGAGCUGAAACCCCUCAGAAACUGUCUAGUUGGUCUCCCCGGGGUUGAUGGUCUUUCAACGGAACAAAGGAAAAGACUCACCAUAGCUGUUGAACUGGUGGCUAACCCAUCUGUAAUCUUCAUGGACGAGCCAACGUCCGGUCUUGAUGCCAGGGCUGCAGCCAUUGUCAUGCGCACUGUUAGAAAUACUGUGGAUACGGGAAGAACUGUGGUCUGUACCAUUCAUCAACCGAGCAUAGAUAUUUUUGAAGCCUUUGACGAGCUACUAUUGAUGAAAAGAGGGGGACAAGUUAUAUAUGCAGGAAGUCUGGGGCGCCACUCGAACAAGCUCAUAGAAUACUUCGAGGCUGUUCCUGGGGUUCCAGAGAUCAAGGAUGGGUACAAUCCUGCGACAUGGAUGCUUGAUGUCAGUACUCCAUCAAUGGAGACGCAACUGGGCGUCGACUUCGCUGAAAUAUACGCCAACUCCUCGCUAUAUCAGAGAAAUCAGGAGCUCAUCAAGGAGAUCAGUACUCCACGACGGGGAUCAGAUGAUCUCUACUUCCCGACCAAAUACUCGCAAUCGUUUUCUACUCAAUGCAAGGCUUGCUUCUGGAAACAGUUUAACUCAUAUUGGAGGAAUCCUCAGUACAACGCCAUCAGGUUUCUCAUGACGGUUGUCAUUGGCGUCUUGUUCGGUUUAAUUUACUGGCAAAAAGGAACAAAAAUAGAGAAACAACAAGACCUGAAUAAUUUCUUUGGAGCAAUGUAUGCUGCCAUUAUGUUCCUCGGUGCCACCAACGCUGUUACCGUUCAACCCGUCGUUGCAGUUGAACGGACAGUCUUCUACCGUGAAAGAGCAGCCGGAUUGUAUUCUGCUAUUCCCUAUGCAUUUGCUCAGGUGGCGGUGGAAAUGAUAUACAACCUUGCACAAGCGGUUAUUUAUUCACUUAUCCUUUACUCCAUGAUCGGAUAUGACUGGAAAGUCGUCAAGUUCUUGUGGUUCUUCUAUUACAUAGUUACAUGCUUCAUCUACUUCACACUCUACGGUAUGAUGCUCGUCGCAUUGACGCCAAACUAUCAUAUUGCCGGCAUCUGUAUGUCCUUUUUCCUCGUUCUCUGGAAUCUCUUCUCAGGUUUUAUCAUCCCCAGACCGGAAAUACCGGUAUGGUGCAGAUGGUACUACUGGGCAUCACCUGUAGCUUGGACACUAUACGGAAUCGUCACAUCUCAAAUAGGGGACAAUGAAACAUCCGUACAAAUCCCGGGUUUGGGAGACAUAAGUCUCAGAGUGUUGCUUAAAGACGGGUUAGGCUUCGACCAUGACUUCUUACCAAUUGUGGCCAUAGUUCAUGUGGUCUGGAUUGUUGUCUUCGUUUUCGUCUUUGCAAUUAGCAUCAAGUACUUCAACUUCCAAAAGCGAUGAACGAAAACAUUAAAUUUAUGCACCACUCGUGUUUUGAUACAUUAUAUGUAUCCUUGUUUAAUUAUUUGAUGGAUGUACGCUCUCCGUCAUCUUUUUAAUUAUAAAGUAAA